GAGCGAGGUAGACCGAGACAAAUAGACAAGGUUGUCAUCACUGGUAAUUAUGAGCGGAGGUAAAGCGCGCAUCGACCCGCCUGUUGCUGCUGAGAAUGUCUCGAGUACCGGUCACAGUUCCGCGGCUGCUGCGCGGGAGCGCAAGCCAGGUGGAGGGGUUCUGAAGAGACUCAACUCUCGGCAAAGCCAGGUGGAUAGUAGGCCGGUCACAGAAGACGAUCUUCGAACACAAGUUGGCCACAUCACCCCUGAACAGGUCCUAAGAUUGCGGGUUGCUACUCGGGGUAGGCUAUAUCUAUUUUCUGCAUGAUAUUGGCCGUGGUUGGCUGUUUAUACAAAUGGGUAGCUAGCUACAGGUUCAUUUACAUACAGUGGAAUUUACAUAACUGGCAAGCUAUGCCUGUCUAUUUACCUGAAUAGCCUAGUUGCUGUGACAAAUCAGAGAUUGUUAGCUAGAUCACAUAUACUGAACAAAAAUAUAAACACAACAUGUAAAGUGUUGGUCCCUUGUUUCAUGAGCUGGAAUAAAAGAUCACAGACAUUUUCCAUAAGCACAAAAAGCUUAUUUCUCUCAAAUUCUGUGCAGACAUUUGUUUACAUCCCUGUUAGUGAGCAUUUCUCCUUUGCCAAGAUAAUCCAUCCACCUGACAGGUGCAGCAUAUCAAGAAGCUGAUUAAACAGCAUGAUCAUUACACAGGUGCACCUUGUACUGGGGACAAUAAAAGGCCACUCUAAAAUGUGCAGUUUUGUCACAUAAUACAAUGCCACAGAUGUCUCAUGUUUUGAGGGAGCCUGCAAUUGGCAUGCUGACUGCAGGAAUGUCCACCAGAGCUGUUGUCAGAUAAAUGAAUGUUCAUUUCUCUACCAUAAGCCGCCUCCAAUGUUUUUUUAGAGAAUUUGUCAGUACGCCGAACCGGCUUCACAAAUGCACACCACGUGUAACCAUGCCAGCCCAGGACCUCCACUGGGGGGGGGGGGGUUCUGAGGAUUAUUUCUGUCUGUAAUAAAGCCCUUUUGUGGGGAAAAACUCAUUUUGAUUGGCUGGGCCUGGCUCCCCAGUGGGUGGGCCUGGAUCCCAAGUGGGUGGACCUAUGCCCACCCAUGGCUGCGCCCCUGCCCAGUCAUGUGAAAUCCAUAGAUUAGGGCCUAAUGAUUUUAUUUCAAUUGACUGAUUUCCUUGUAUGAACUGUAACUCAGUAAAAUUGUUGCAUGUUGCUUUUAUAUUUUUGUUCAGGAAAGACAGAUAGAUAUAUGAAAAAUGUAUGCACUCACUAACUGUAAGUCGCUCUGGAUAAAAGUGUCUGCUAAAUGACUAAAAUGUAAAAUGUAAAUAUAUAUAUAUAUAUAUAUAUAUAUAUAUAUAUAGAUAGAUAGAUAGAUAGAUAGAUAGAUAGAUAGAUUUUAUUGCCCUUUAAAAUAGUAGAUCUUUUAAGACAGCCACUGACCACCUCUACUGUCUGUCCAUCCCAGGGUACCUGUGUAAACCAGAGGACAACAUUUUCAACAUAGAUUUCAUCCGCUUUAAAAUCAGAGACCUGGAGACAGGGACUGUGUUGUUUGAAAUCGCCAAACCACCUCAUACGGGUACAGUCCAUAUUCCCUCUCAGUAUGUGUGUGUGUGUCAGUGUAUCACUACUGUAGUAUGUCUGAGAAAUAUCCUGUAUUUGUGAUGGAUCACCGUGCCAUUGGUUAAAAAAUACAUUCUGUGUGUUGUUGUGUCUUUGACCUCAGAGGAAGAUGAGGAGAAAGGAGAGGGAGACAUGAGUGCCGGACGUUUUGUAUGCUACCAGUUCACCGCUGCAUUCCUACGACUGAGGACUGUGGGAGCCACGUGCGUAUACUCUCUCUCACACACUCACACACAUAAACACACAUGCACACACAGUACUUAUUGUAUGUUGACACCUUUCUCUGUCUGUCAGAGUGGAGUUUACGGUUGGUAACCGGCCUCUGAACAGCUUCAGGAUGAUUGAGAGGCACUACUUCAGGGAUCACCUCCUGAAGAGCUUUGACUUUGACUUCGGCUUCUGUAUCCCAAACAGCCGCAACACCUGCGAACACAUAUACGAGUUCCCUCAGCUGUCUGAGAGCUUGGGUGAGUGUCACAUUCCAUCCAUCAAUCAAUGUCCCCGUUUGAAGCACUUUGUGACUGAUGUUUUUGUUUUUGUGGAAAAGUACUACAUAAAUAAAUUGUUUUGAGUAAAUAAAUAAAACAUGUACAUUAAAUUUAUGUGGAAAUGCAAUAAUUUACUGAAGGAAAUGUGCAUCACCUUUUGAAUACAUUUUCCAGACAUAUUGUAUUUAGCAGUAGUAUAUGGAUGAAAUACAGAAUAAUAUGUUCCAUGUUAUGUUAUGUUCCCUUCCAGUUCAUCAGAUGGUGGAGCAUCCCUACGAGACGAGAUCGGACAGCUUCUACUUCGUAGACAACAGACUGGUCAUGCACAACAAGGCAGACUACUCUUAUAACGGGGGCAGGCAUUGAGUGUCUGUGUGGCUGUGCGUGCGUGCAUGAGUGUGUGCGUGUGUGUAUGUUUGUGUGUGUGCUGUGCCAAAGCCUAUACUCACACAAACAGACUCUCACGCGAGUGUUGAUUACUGUAAGUUAAACAAACUUUAUUGUCAUGGCAUAGCUGUAUAGGCUACUAUGGAAAAGUUUAAGAACAGCAGGACAGAUCCACAUUAGAGCCAUAUAGACUACUGGCAGUAGUAUGGCAACCUUCUGACAUAUAGUGCUUUGUCUCUCUCCCACCAAAAAUGAAAUGUGUCUCAGCUAACCAAGUGAUUUAUGUUAGUGUGUAGUUGAACAGUUGAUGUACUGUUCACUACUUGGCUUUUAGGGGGAGUCAUACCCAUAAAGGACCAGACAAUGACUACACACAUACAGAGAGACUGACAGGCAGAUAGGCAGGCAGACAGAUGUAGAAACAAUCUCCCUCCCUCGCUCUCUCCCUCCCUCUCCCUCUCUCUCUAUUUCUCUCUCUCUGUCGUUACCUGCUGUGCCCACACGCCACUCUAGAUGUAUUAAUAAGAGCGGAAGGGGGAAUACACCCAUCCACCCACGUACUCACACACACACACACUCACUGUCAAACACUCAUGCCAGCUCACUCACAUACAGUGCCUAGUGAAAGUCUACACACCCCUUGCUUGUCCCCGGCAGGGACUGGGGAGUUUGUCAGAAUCAAAAUAAAUAUGAAACAAGCAAAGUCCAGGUAAAAAGUUAGAGGAAAACCUGCCUCAGUCUUCUGAAUACCCUGGGAUAGAGUUUUAUUUUACAAUUACACCAGAAUGGCAUUCAAAGUGGUGUUGAGUGUUCCUGAAUGGUCCAGUCUCAGUCCUGACUUAAAUCUGCUUGAAAAUCAGAGAUAAGGUUUGAAUAUUGCUGUCCAUCAAUGAUUCCCAACCAAAUGUACUGAGCUUGAGCAGUUUUGACAAAAAGGAUGGAUAUAUGUUGCCCUAAGAGUUGUGCAAAGUUGGUAGAAUCGUAUUGAAAAUGGUGGUCCUCUGUAGCUCAGCUGGUAGAGCACGGCGCUUGUAACGCCAAGGUAGUGGGUUCGAUCCCCGGGACCACCCAUACACAAAAAAAAAAAUAAUGUAUGCACGCAUGACUGUAAGUCGCUUUGGAUAAAAGCGUCUGCUAAAUGGCAUAUUAUUAUUUACAGCUGUAGUUGCUUCCACCAAGUAUUAACUCUGGGGUCUGAAGACACCUUAUGUUCUAUACUCUUUCAUUCACUUUGAAAAUGUGGCGCAGGUUGUGUAGAUCAGUAGGAAAUAAAAACAAAAUGUAAUCUCUUUUUUAAAUAUUUAAUUUUAAGGCAGAAAAUGUGACAACUGUGCAAGGGGUGUGUAGACUUUCACUAGGCACUGUACUUUCACCACACCCCCUCCCAGGGAGACCCACUGCAGCAUGUCUCCUGAAUGUACUUGGAUUCAAAUUCAACUUUAUUUAUAGUGCAUCCAACGUGCAGGUCCAAUAACAUACUUCACAAACAAGUUGAUCAGAGGAAGGACUCCUACAUUUACAGUCAAAUCAGAUUCAUAACGAUAUAAUCAAAAGCAGUAACAGACAGGUAUUGCAACUGAAACUUUUAUGUACAUAAUUUAUCAUGUAUUUUUGGUGUCCUUCUGUGUUUUGACAGGCACUUAUAAAUAGAACUUAGUAUUAUAUUUUUAUUUAUACAAACUGAGAAGACAGCCCUGGUCAGAAAAUUGUCAACAAUUAUAUGUGCGGUCAUAUAGGAUACAGUGCUUUACCCAACUCUUGAUUGUAUUAAUAUGGCAGGUUGACACUAUUUAUUACCAUGUUUUAUCAUGUUAUAAAGUAAAAAGUUGUAGUGUUUUUGAUUGUUUCCUCAAGAAACACCAAAACCGCUUGAGGCAUCAAAAUGUGUGAAAUAUGUGUGGAUUUGAGGGAUAUUGGUGAUAGAUCUUUGUUAGAGAUAGCUAGAAAUCAAAUAGUGUAUCCUUUUGUGUUUUGUAAACUACUGGUGUCCAGGGUUAAGUGUAUACUUGUAUUUUUUUUUUUUAUGUCAAGAAUAAACACAUGUGAAUUUUCAAAUUCGUUUGAUGAGGUGCAGCAGUAUGUUUCAGCAAUGUCAUUAAUUAAUUCAUUCAUUCAUUCAUUCAUUCAAUCUGUUAAGAAGUUACCAGGAGAGUGAGCGCCGCCCUUCCGGGUUUCCUAGGUAGAAAACAGUGGCAGGUGUUGGCCACGAGGAGGAGUCAUGUGACAAAGAAUCAAGGGAGAAGAACCUGUUUUGGUUUGGGGAAUGGAAACUACUACAACAACAAUAACUAAAUCACAGAUGAACAAUCUGUUGAAUGAUUAAUAAUACAAAACCAUUGAUUCUUGAAUAAUAUAAUUUUAAAUGCCUUAUCCUCAGUGGUGUAAAGUAACUAAGAAAAAAUACUUUGAAGUACUACCUAAAGGAAAAUUCCACCCAAAAACGAUCUUUUGGUAUUUGUUCAUUAGUCCAUUGUUGAAAUAGUCCCAAAAUGUUUUGCAUGUCAGCAAGCAAGUUUUCAAGAUAUAUCACUUUCAAAGUACAGAAAUACAGCCGGUAUGAUGCAUUUCACAUCAUAUGAUGCAAAACGUAGCAUCAUAUGAUGCAAAAUGCAUUAUACUGGCUGUAUUUCUGUAUUUUGAAAGUUAUAUAUCUUGCUGACAUGCAAAACAUUUUGGGACUAUAUGAACAAUGUACUAAUGAAACAAAUACCAAAAUAUUGUUUUUGGGUGGAGAUUUCCUUGUAGUUUUUUUAAGGGUAUCUGUACUUUACUAUUUAUAUUUUUGACAACUUUUACUUUUACUCCACUACAUUCCUAAAGAAAAUAUGUACUUUUUACUCUCAUACAAUUUCCUUGAUACCCAAAAGUACUCGUUACAUUUCGAAUGCUCAGGCAAGACAGCAAUAUGGUCCAAUUCACACACCUAUCAAUAUAAUGCAUUGUCAUUCCUACUGCCUCUGACUCACUAAACAUAAAUACUAUUUUUGUAAAUGAUGUCUGAGUGUUGGAGUGUGCCCGAGUGUGCCCCUGGCUAUCUGUAAAUAAAUAAAAACAAGAAAAUUGUGUCAAUAAUUGUUUGCGUAAUAUAAGGAAUUUGAUGUAUAGCGUUUACUUUACAUUUUAACUUUUACUCAAGUAUGACAGUUGCAUACUUUUCCCACCACUGCACUUAAGUAGAUUUUAAACCAGAUACUUUUAGACAUUUACUCAAGUAGUAUUUUACUGGGUGACACUUUUACUUGAGUCCAUUUUCUAUUAAGGAAUCUUGACAAAUGACCAUUGAAUACUUUUCCACCACUGCUUAUCCUAUCAUAACCCGUUGAUAACCCAAAAUGUAAGGUUGUAAAAAUUGGAUUUAGACGUAGCUUAUUAUUAGAAAAAGAUGGCAAAUACUGAUUAUGUUGUUAAUCUGAUACAUGGAAUGUUUUCUAGAAUGACACAUUUUUUUAUACAGAAUGGUGUAGUCUAUUCUGUGAUUUAAUGGAACACUUACUUAUCCCCAGCUGUGUUAGUCCUGUGUGGUUUUAAACAGAACGUCUUUCUCCCUCUCUAUUUUCUUAUCUGAAUGUACAGCUCUACAUCUCCCCCAUUCUCAGUUUCCCUCUCUCUUUCCACCUCUCUUCAACUCUUGUCCAAAUCUCAUUCUCUUUCUCUUCCCUCAUCUCCUAUUCCUCUCUCCUCCCUCCUCCUCUCUCUUGCUCGGGCUCUGUUUUUCCAUUCUUUCUUCCUCUCUCACCUGGUAACCAGACCUCUGGAGAGAAGUGUUGAGUUUCCACUUUCCCAGAGAAGAAGACAAUCUGAGCCUCACAAAAGCCCCACAAUGGCGCAUCAGCAACACUGUACCUCCCUGUCUCCCUACCCUGCCUCUCUCUCUCUCUCUCUCUCUCUCUCUCUCUCACUCUCGUUUUCGCUCUCUCUCCUGUCACUCUGUUAAAUUGUUUUAAGUUAAUUAUAUUACAUUUAUGUGAAUUGUCAAACAUUCGUUCUAUCUGUUUGACGUUUACCUUCAUGUUGCACUUCCGGUUCGGCCCACAAGAUGGCCCCUCCAGCUGAACUGCUCCUUUCAAUACUGAAAUGUGAUCACAGAUAUUACAUUGAAUUUUGCUAAAUGAGUGACCAAAAUCUAAACUGCUGAAGAGUUUCUGCUCCUGCUGAUUUUGUCAUCUGAUAUUUUCUUACUGGUGAGGUCACACAAAAGGCUUUGCCUGAGGGCCACUUGGCCACGUUACCAUGGUGAAAGGGGGUUAGAUGUAAAUAUACAAGCUCAUGCUACAUGUUGGAAUACACACCAAUUACAGCAUGAGUUACCUCUCUCCCGUCUCUCUCUCGCUCUCGCUCCUACUCACACACACAGACACACACACACACACAUACAUACACUACCGUUCAAAAGUUUGGGGUCACUUAGAAAUGUCCUUGUUUUCGAAAGAAAAGCAAUUUUUUGGGCCAUUAAAAUAACAUCAGAUUGAUCAGAAAUACAGUGUAGACAUUGUUAAUGUUGUAAAUGGCUAUUGUAGCUGGAGACGGCAGAUUUUUAAUGGAAUAUCUACAUAGGCGUACAGAGGCCCAUUAUCAGCAACCAUCAGUCCUGUGUUCCAAUGGCACGUUGUGUUUGCUAAUCCAAGUUUAUCAUUUUAAAAGGCUAAUUGAUCAUUAGAAAACCAUUUUGCAAUUAUGUUAGCACAGCUGAAAACUGUUGUGCUGAUUAAAGAAGCAAUAAAACUGGCCUUCUUGAGACUAGUUGAGUAUCUGGAGCAUCAGCAAUUGUGGGUUCGAUUACAGGCUUAAAAUGGCCAGAAACAAAUAACUUUCUUCUGAAACUCGUCAGUCUAUUCUUGUUCUGAGAAAUGAAGGCUAUUCCAUGUGACAAAUUGCCAAGAAACUGAUGAUCUCGUACAACGCUGUGUACUACUCCCUUCACAGAACAGCGCAAACUGGCUCUAACCAGAAUAGAAAGCGGAGUGGGAGGCCCCGGUGCACAACUGAGCAAGAGGACAAAUACAUUAGAGUGUCUAGUUUGAGAAACAGACGCCUCACAGGUCCUCAACUGGCAGCUUAAUUAAAUAGUACCCACAAAACACCCGUCUCAACGUCAACAGUGAAGAGGCAACCUUCUAGGCAGAGUUGCAAAGAAAAAGCCAUAUCUCAGACUGUCCAGCUUAAUCUUUUCUUUUUAUUGGCCAGUCUGAGAUAUGGCUUUUUCUUUGCAACUCUGCCUAGAAGGUCAGCAUCCCAUAGUCGCCUCUUCACUGUUGACGUUGAGACUGGUGUUUUGCGGGUACUAUUUAAUGAAGCUGCCAGUUGAGGACCUGUGAGGCGCCUGUUUCUCAAACUAGACACUCUAAUGUAUUUGUCCUCUUGCUCAGUUGUGCACCGGGGCCUCCCACUCCGCUUUCUAUUCUGGUUAGAGCCAGUUUGCACUGUUCUGUGAAGGGAGUAGUACAUGAUAAACUUGGAUUAGCAAACACAACGUGCCAUUGGAACACAGGACUGAUGGUUGCUGAUAAUGGGCCUCUGUACGCCUAUGUAGAUAUUCCAUUAAAAAUCAGCCGUUUCCAGCUACAAUAGCCAUUUACAACAUUAACAAUGUCUACACUGUAUUUCUGAUCAAUUUGAUGUUAUUUUAAUGGACAAAAUAAUUGCUUUUCUUUCGAAAACAAGGACAUUUCUAAGUGACCCCAAACUUUUGAACGGUAGUGUACAUACACACAGAAAAUCAAUCAAUCAAACAGCAAAUCAGGACACUGUCAAACUGUAGGCUUCUGAAUCAGAUAGUUCAAUCUGACCCUUCCCCAUAAACCAUAAAUCAAUAACCAUGGACUUCUAUACAGGGGUCGUUGAUUGGCAUCUGCCAUUUCUUUCACCCCUCUCCCUUCUGGUUGGGAUCAGUGCAGAUGAAGGAGAGGAGAGGAGGCCACUGUUGAUUAUUGAAAUGCACCCCCAUGUCUGUGCUUUGGCAGGGGGGAGCGGAUGAGGGGACAGUCAUAUCCUAUAAAUAGCAGGGAGGUAUGGCGUUGAUAGGCCCUGUGGAUGGAAGUGGGGGGUGGGGGUGGAAAAAGGAUUAAAAGAGAUACAGGGCCAUAUUCUGAAGUGUGUGUCUUUGGCGAAGGUGCUUUGUAAAUGAGAGCUGUAGAUUUUGCCACCGGGCAAAGUCUUUCCCCCAAAGGUCCCUUUGGGGGAGUUUCUGAUCUGAUGGACUAUUAAUGUUGUUUGGGGGUUGAUCUAUCACUUGUCCAUUGGUCAAGACCACAAUAUUCUAAUUUAGACUCCACAUUGACCAUGUACAAUGGCCAAAGACAUUGUCGUAAUGUUAAAUAUGUAGUGAUGGGCGUCUACAUGGUUACUAUGAUGUCUAGAAAACGGACAUUUUCUGCACUUAUGCAACGGUUAACCAACGUUAAUUGUACUGAUGUAUAAUGUUUGUACAACCAUGGUACUACUGCUUUAAAAGUGGAUGCAUGCCCAAGCCUGAAAGUUACCAUGAACCACACAACCCUCAAAACUAGAGAUUUAUUAAAUCCUUUUUCAACAAGAAAACUCCAUCUAUCAAUAUAGCCUUCCUUUCCAAAGAUAGCAAUUGUAACGUUAUAGCUCAUGUGCAAAAUACUCAAAGGGCAGCUAAUAGUGCAAAAGGAGGUUGAUCAAUGUGUAGAAAUGACAUCAUCAGUGAAUUGUGAGUUGGUUGGGAGAGACUAUAAUGCAAUAAGUAAGACAACGAUGGAUGUAACGUUUCCCUAAUGGUGCCUUGUUUCCCGUAGCCAUUGUCUUGGUGGUAACUUUGUAUUGACAAGCUGUCCGUAAAUGUUAGGCCUGUGCUAAAUUGUAACUGGAAGCCUCUGUUGUGACUGUGUUGGAGUGUGUUGUGUGUGUCACUCCCAGUUUCUUAUUUUGAAAUAACUAAAAUAGGCACCCAGUUGUCUGAGUAAAAUAAUGUGUAAAUAAACCCUUUUCCCCCCACCCCUUUCCUUUCUCCCCCUUUGCUUGUACUUCCAUAUACUAUUAAUCAUUUUUGAAAGUAUUGUGCUUGUGAGAUUAAAGAUGUAUCAAAAUGAAUAGAAACCAGCUAAACCUCUACCAUUGUGUUGAAGCUGUCUGAAGCAUUCCUCGAAAUUUCACCCUUUCUCUCGUUCUCUCCUCCCUUUGUCUCGUUCCCUCACUAAACCCUCCCCUGGGGAUGGAAGGAUUGUCAUACCAGGAGAACAGAGGUGGAGCUCUGCCCUAGCAGCAUACCAGGAAAACAGAGGUGGAGCUCUGCCCUAGCAGCAUACCAGGAGAACAGAGGUGGAGCUCUGCCCUAGCAGCAUACCAGGAGAACAGAGGUGGAGCUCUGCCCUAGCAGCAUACCAGGAGAACAGAGGUGGAGCUCUGCCCUAGCAUCAUACCAGGAGAACAGAGGUGGAGCUCUGCCCUAGCAUCAUACCAGGAGAACAGAGGUGGAGCUCUGCCCAAGCAGCAUACCAGGAGAACAGAGGUGGAGCUCUGCCCUAGCAGCAUACCAGGAGAACAGAGGUGGAGCUCUGCCCUAGCAGCAUACCAGGAGAACAGAGGUGGAGCUCUGCCCUAG